GAGCUGAUGACGGAGGGAGCGCACUGUCUUCUCCAGGAGCGCGUUAGCCAACAACACACACACGCGCACACACACACACACACACACACUGCACCUCCAACCAGUGGGAAGAGAAAAGUGUGUCGGACUGGGACGAACAUUUAAGUGGGGGAACUUUGUUUUGUUCUCUCUCCUUCUUCUGCUGUUAUUUGUGUUUCAUUCGGAGGUGGAGACGUGCCAGGACGAGCGCGUUUGCACUCUCCAGGAGCGCGCGCUGUGGCACACGCUGGAACACAACAACGUAGCUCAGUGCAGCGCAGGCAGGUUUUCUCCGUUUUUAAAAGCAGCCGGAGAGGCAGGAGAGUUACGGAGUCCGCCGUGAAGCGGUGUUCGGUGCGCGAGGCAGACGGAGAGAGAAAUCCGCGGCGGCACUCGGAUAUGGCGGCUGUGAAGACGUUCGACCUCCUCGUGGGAGUUGUUUUAGUUUGCCAGUGUUUGGGGGAUGUCCGAGCCGAGGUCCCAGCAAGUGACGGGGUCUCUUAUUCAUACGUGCAGGGGCAGGCAGGAGAUGAGGACGCGGCGGUGGACGUGAAGCUGUACAGUCACCGGUGGAGGAGAUGGCUUCCCCCAAAACCUCGUAACAUGGACAGUAACAGGGCCAGUCAGGAGCAAGACCAGGACCCUGAGCAGGAGGAGGCUGAGGGCUUCCCGGGCCUGCUGUCCGCAGAGGAAACAGACAACAGCUCCCAGAUAGAGGAGGACACAGAUCACAACUACUACACAUCGAAAACAUACAACCCGUCAGAUGCGAUGAGCAAGGACUUGUGGGUAGACGUUGACCAGAUGGACAAGGACAAAGUGAAGAUCCACGGGAUUCUGUCCAACACACACAGACAAGCAGCGAGAGUUAAUCUGUCCUUCGAUUUCCCUUUUUAUGGACAUUUCCUCCGUGAAAUCACCGUGGCGACUGGUGGGUUCAUCUACACAGGUGACGUGGUCCACCGGAUGCUAACGGCCACGCAGUACAUCGCUCCUCUGAUGGCAAACUUUGACCCCAGUGUCUCCAGAAACUCUACGGUCAUCUACUUUGACAACGGGACUGCUCUGGUGGUGCAAUGGGACCACGUCCACCUGCAGGACAACUACAACCUGGGAAGCUUCACCUUCCAGGCAACACUGCACAACACCGGCAGGAUUGUUUUUGCUUACAAAGAGAUCCCCAUUGAGGUGUCACAGAUCAGCUCCGUCAAUCACCCGGUGAAGGUGGGCCUGUCGGAUGCCUUUGUGGUGGUUCACAAGAUCCAACAGAUACCCAACGUUAGGCGGAGGACAAUCUACGAGUACCACCGCGUGGAGCUGACGAAGACGAAGAUCACCAAUUCUACAGCCGUUGAAAUGAUGCCUCUAGCCACCUGUCUCGAGUUCACCAGCUGUAGCUCCUGCAUCUCCUCACAUAUCAACUUCAACUGCAGCUGGUGCCAUCGGCUCAACAGAUGUUCCAGUGGCUUCGACCGCCAUCGGCAGGACUGGGUGGACAACAGCUGCCCAGAUGAGACCAAGGACAAGAUGUGUGACAUCACGGACACCACGCAUCUCUACCCACUCGCCACCACGACAGUCGCCAAAACCACGUCCAGGAGCAAAGAGCCCACUGCAGGCGGGGACACACCCUCCACCUCCCACCUUCCCACCAGCGUCCCCACCGAAGAUGACACCAAGAUCGCCCUCCAUCUCAGAGACAACCAGGACACGGUAGACAGGAAGUCAGGCACACACCCUUUGCACACCGGUCUGAUCCUCGGCAUCCUCCUGGUGAUGCUCGUCUUGGUUGCCGGCGUGCUGAUCACCGUGUACAUCUACCAUCACCCGACCUCCGCAGCCAGCCUCUUCCUCAUUGAGAGACGCCCAAGCCGGUGGCCCGCCAUGAAGUUUCGCCGCGGGUCGGGCCACCCAGCCUACGCAGAGGUGGAGCCAGUGGGCCAGGAGAAGGAGGUCUUCAUCGAGUCUGAGCAGUGCUGAGGGAGGAGGGGGCUUUCUGCAUCCCCCCCUACCCCCCUCCCCUCCUGCUCCACGGAGACGUCUCACCAGGAACCUCCAGGAUCUGCUCAUCAGUGUACAGAAUGACUAGGACUGUGGAAUCGGCCCAUGGAGUGCAGGACGAGACUGGAUACAGCGGCCAGCGAUGCGAGAAAGUGAGAAAAACCCUGAAAACUGAUCCCAGGCCAGCCUAUUCUCCAGCUCCUGUUGGCCUGGCCUACUGGGGACAGAGGGAGGGAACGGCGUUGAUGUCAUCGAUUCAGUCGGCAUUGGUUAGGUUUUGUUGGGCUGCGAUCAUGUUUCCAUGGAGGGAUUGUACAGCCUGACUUUUGAGACUGGAUACUGGUGUGAUUGAGGGGGAGCGGGAUGAAUUAUACAAUAUAUAUUUUCAGAAACAAUUCAGAGUAUGUGAACAGAGAUUUCCACUUUAUUGUUGGUGGGGUUUAUAGGCCUUCGUAUAUAUAUCCAUCUUUUUCGUCUUUCUUUCAGUAUGUGGUGUUUGUUCACCGGGGCUGGCACAUUUAUCAGUACAGACGUCGGUAUUGCUUUUCAAUACCAUAGCAGGCUUAAUUGACUUUUCCAGCGCCGGCCUGCAGAGAGAGGCUGCAGCUGAGCGAUAUGACGCCAGCUGAAGCCCUGUAGCCGCGCUCGAUCGCAGCUGCGGUGUUGAAUUACUUUGUGAUGUUUGGCAUAUUUUUUAAAUGGGUGAUGGGGCGCACACUAUUGUUCUUAUUCUUUUGAUUGGUUCAUUGAUUGAUUCCUUACAUCAUGGAUACCGUUUUAUAUAAUUUCUUUGCAUUUUUUUUACAUUACUGCCGUGCCAUUUUGUCCCUGACUAGAGUUUGCACUUUUUCUUUUUCAUUUGACAUGUGGUACUAAUGCAAAUUUACAAGACAGGCGCUUGUGAGUGUGUAUGCUGAAUAUAUUUUCUAUUUUCUGAUUCAGUGUGUGUGAAUGCGUGUGAAUGCAAAAGAGAGCAGUUUACAUUAGUGAUUGGAUAUCCACCUGCUUUAUGGGUGCAUAUGUUUGAGCUGGCUCUGCACAGGUUAUUUUUGUUGAUUUGAAUCUGAGGUAUCUGGAUAUUGUUUGUGUGAGCCAAAACACACUGGUAUGGGUGUGGUUUCCUUUUCUAGUAUGUUGCCAGCAUAACCAUAGGCUAGUCUGUGUUAAAUUAUGGUCGACCCAUCCGUGUCAACACAUUAAUGUAUAUACCAAGGCCAAAACAUUUGCAGAUUCAGGUAACUCAUGGCAAACAUGCAUAGUGUAGCAGUACACUAUACAGAAAAAAAACACAACUUUUUUUUAUUUUUUAUGAGUGGCCUUUUUUUCUCUACUUUUUUACUUAAUUGUGAAUACCGUUCCAAUCAUUACUGUCCUCAAUCAAUACACAAGGCUUCUGACUGAACAAAUCCAAACAUUCACUUCUACUUUUAAGAAUUUUAUCUCAAGACAAAAAUCAUGCUUUUACUCCAAUGAUUGUAGUUCCAAUUAAGAUCAGUAUCCUGGAAUUCUACUGAAAAAUAAAACGUGCAAUAUUACACCCAUUCAGUUCGACACUGUAAAUACAUAAAAAAUAACAAUCAUCUGGAUUUAUUUCCUUCUAUCACCGCCUUGUCUUCAUCACAUUGAGACCAAAGACUAAUCAGCAUCCUACUUUUAAGUGUUUACCUCAACGUCCUCUCAGCCUCAGCAGCCAUACCGCCAUCCAGAACAUACCAAUACAUAAAAACUAUAGUGUAUUGAUUAUAAUGGUGUCCUGCAGCCAUGUACAAAAAAAAUGCUCCAAACUUCAGAAAGUUCUCUUAACCCCGCCCCUUAAAUAUGAUUGUCCAAUCGUAGCUUAGGAACCAUAACUAGGCACGGCAAGCUUCAAACUUUGUUUGGAUCGCUCCACUUGUUGAAGUGUUAGCUGUAGUCAGAGAAAUACUGCAUUUAAAGCAUUUUAAACACAUGAAUAAACGUGUGAUGAAUUGAUUAAACUGUGUGUUUAUCUGCUCAAAUGUAAAGUACGUUUGGCUAACUAGCUUACAUCCUACAGUAGCUCGUAAUCAAGCUUACUUCCAGUAAUAACUGAGCAGCGUUACAUUACGUCAUGGAGGUGUUUACAAACUCUUGGAUGUAUUUCCCAAAUACCAAAAUAAUCUUUGAAGCAGAUGAAAAGAUACUUCUGUCGCUGACUAAUGAAGAUUUGAAGACUCAAUUGCACCCGCGCGUCCAAUUCAAAACAAAGAUGGCAACCGCAAACUCAGCUCGCCGACUAACGUUACCUGGUGAGAAAACAGAGUUGUAACUUGGGAAACUGGUGAAACGUAGGUUUUUUAUUGAGCAGUGGACGAAACAUUGUCUCACCCAGGUGGCUAGAAGAUUGUUUGGAAAUUGUAUUUGUAAACUAACUUCUGGGUUUUUCAAAGAUCACUGGUUAACUUGUGACUUGUACUUGGUUAGCUCGUAUGCUAAAACAUUUGUGUCUGCCUGAGACGGCGUUAGUCUUUUAGUAUUAAGCUACAUCAUGUUUGUAGCCGCCAUGUGCAUUUUAAAUACCGCUGUUACAAAAUGUGUGUUUUAAAACAAGUCAGCUGGAAACAUUCUAAUGUUUUUAAACGACUUGUGAACCUAACGUUAGCUUAAUUAGCUAGCUAACUAACUACAGCUAACGAUAGCUUCCAGAGACUUGAACAGUUAAAAAAAACAAAAACAAUAAUACCUAUUUGAUGGUAAAUCUGCCACAUUAGAAUUGUAAACUUCAUAGGUUUGAGAACGGAAAGUAGCAAUGGCAAUUAAGAGGGCGGGGCUUAGCCAACGGCUGACUCAUACGUUCAAUAGUUCAAAUACACUGUCAUGGACAUCUACACACCCAAAGAUGCACACAAGAUUCAUGCACAAAAACCAAAUUAAAGACUCACGGGCUGUUUAAAACCCUCACAUAGACCUUCCUUUACAACCACUCUGAGAUCUAAUGGGGUCUCAUUGGUAUCGACUUGAGAGUUCAAACUCCAGCUUUCCAAAUCCUCUUUUAUGACUCCUCGUAAUUCCCUUCGACAUCGGUGUUUAAAAAAAUCAUAAGUUUAACAAGCUUCUUAAUGCACACAGAUACUUGCUCUAAUGUUGGUAACAUUGACCCCUGUGGAGAAACGCUCCUAGCAAGUGCUUGGCACAUCCACUUGUGUUCACUGACACCUGACACUGCUCCACACUUCAGACACUUCUCUAAACCCCGCCCCCUAAAUAUGAUUGUCCAAUCGUGGCGUUGCAAAAAUAACUAGGCAGAGCAUGCUUCAGACUUUGUUUGGAUCGCUCCACUUGUUUAAGCGGUAGCUGUAGUGAAGAGAAAUACUCUGCAUUUAAAGCGUUUUGAGAUUGGUUUCUUUUUUUUAAAUCUUUAAAAAAAUAAAAAAAUACAUAAACACAUGAGCAAACAUGUGAGGAAUGAAAUACACGGUGUGUUUAUCGCAUCUGCUUGUGUUCACUGCCACCUGAAACUGCAAGUGUUUUUAUAUUCACUGUCAAAAAUGCAGUCUGAGAAAGUGGCCGACGGUCGGAUUCGUUUGAGAUCGACACAAAAGCCGAAACACUUUGGUCAUGGAAACAGCAACAGUCUUUCACUCGCUUCACUGGACUUGACUAAUCACUUUAAUUCCCACUUUCUUAACAAUGGUAUUUUAGAUGAUGAGUAGCAGCAUAGUGGUGUUGUUGAGAUAUGUUACUGCUUUUUUCUCUGACUCGUGGGGUUUGGCUCGAAAGAUGUUCAAUCUCACAAAUUCAGAGCUAAAUAUAAAGAAAUGUGAACUGUGACCUUGUUUCAUCUUAUCAUGACACACAAUGAGACUCAAAAUCACACAGUAUCAUCGCUCGCUGUCUGUAAUUUCUGUAACUACUGUUGUUUUGAAUACAUUUGAAAUAAUAAACAAUGUUGUUAAAAACAAAAACAUCCUCUGAAUAUUAGUAGCCUGCACCAUGUGAGAAUUUCUUGUCUUUCAUCUCUAAGUGUACAUUUGACUAAAGCACCGUCGAAUAGAAAGAGCAAAUUUUAUAAACAACCACUUCCAUGGUUGCAUUAAUCAGUAUUUGUGUGUAUAUGCAUUCAAAGAUACAGGGG